AACAGCUAGUAAGGUUAAAAGAUAAAUUGAACGUAACGUUUCAUUCCAUCACACUGUACACGUAGAAUAAGCGCCAAACGUGUAGGCUUCUUAUAAAACCGAAAUCACACUUUUUGACAUGCAUGUGGCCUUAGACAAACGGCAAAUAACAUUAGGUCAAAACUUGCUUGUAAACCAAUAUCGUUUUACAUUAUUUAAACGUAUUGAUACAAUGCGUUAUUACAGCAACAACUAUCCCCACAGUUAACACAGCCACCUGGGAAGAUUAAUCAAAACAAAAUUCGACCGCAGGUUCAGCGUGUUUCAAGCAAGGGCUUGGGCUGAAAGCAUUACGAUAACUGGGAGAUUAAGAGCCGGUUGACGAAAUCGACGAACCAUUUCAUUACGAAGCCAUGUUGCCCUCGGCGAGUUCACAAUAACGUAAUAAGCUUAAUUAAUCCAAGUAUGUUAUCGAGUUCGCAUGCUCAGUUUUCAAUCUUUCUUUUUUUUUUCCUUCCACUGAUCCAUAUGUCAUGUAGUUUGAGUAGCAAGCGCGAUCUUAAAGAGAUUUAAGGAAUCCCUACAAUCACCAAUAAUAUUUGGAUUUUGGUUUCCGAGAGGUGGAUGGUAUGCAAAGCCAUUCCAAGACAGUCACGUAUAGCCUUGACCUCACACAUCAUGGCUACUCAAUUCUCGAAACAACAACACGUGGCGUUUCUGCUACGUGGAUCGGCAUCAUGUAUAAAAUGUUCAAUAGUGAAAGCGGCUAUCUGCAUAUUCCAUGUGACUUUCGCCGAAGUCAAUUAGAAUUUGAAUGGCUGGUCGUAAUAGACCUUAAUACCGUCAACCAUGUCAUGGUGUGUUAUUGUAUUUCAUCGUCUCCGUAACAGUAUCUAGGGACGACGGGUCAGGAAAAACAUGGUAGUUUGCUCAGAGAGCCAUAGCUUUCGACUGGUGGAGGUCGAGCGUAGCCACGUUUUCUGUUAUUAAUCUCUCAGCGGGGUAAUUAGAGGGUUUGAUUUCCACCUUUAAUUUGCUAAUGACAAAUGACGUUUUGAACAUUUACGGUGACACUGAUACACAAACCAGAAACAAAACUCAGGGUCUUGUUUGAAGUAAGACUGCUCUUUGAUCAGUUUGAUCACGAAGAUCAACAUAAUCGGUACACAAUGGAAUUUUUGAAGCUGCUCAGCUAUUCGACGCAGUUCCACUAAUGGCGUUAAGUUUGAUUGAAGCCAGCGUGUGUUGUACGCCUACCGGAAGGAAGACCGCGAUGGAGAUGGAGAACCAGACCCACAACCUAUCCCAGGAUCCUUCAGUGGUAGAGUACCCCAAAUUGUCGAGCUGGUCACGAAAGGACAUCAUUUCUUCCAGAAGCGUAUGGAAAACCUUGGAAGUAGCGUGUUCAAAUGUAGCUUUUUUGGUGCACCUUUUGUGGCCAUAACAGAUUACGAGGGAAUACAGUGCAUCUUCAACCCAAGAUUGGUAGAAAAGGAAAAAGGAUUUGGCAAUUUUCGGUUCAAUCACAACCUCCUGGGGGACCAUGUACCUUCCAUGUUUGAAAAUGGCGAAAGACAUAGACAGCAAAAGUCGUUCUUGAUCGCAGUUUGUCAGAACAUGCUAAGAAUGGGUCGACUUAUACCCAACAUCAUGGACAUUGUCCCAGAACAUCUCAUCAAAUGGAACUUCAAGGAAGGUCAGGGUAGCCCUAGCCAAGAGGAAUGGGAAGAGAGAAUCCUUCAUCUUGCCAUGGACGUGUUAAGUGAAACCAUGCUGGGGAUAAGGCUGAGUGGACACAGUUUUUUACAGUGGCGAUUUGAAGUUCUCAAGGAAGAAAAGACGUGUUUCGGAAGACCUACUGGGAAAUACAAGAAAGCGCUACACGCAUUUAACCACUUGAAAGAUGCCAUCGCAAAUGCUCCAGAUGUCGACCCGAUCUUUAAGGAGGCCGCCAACCAAGGUCUAACUGAAGAAGAGGCAGUACUAGAAAUUCUUUGGAUGUUAAACUUCAAUGCCGCCCCUGGUACUGGAGCCGCCAUGCGGUCAGCAGCUGCUCGCCUGUCCAUCAUGUCGUGCGAGGAGCGUACAGAAAUAAAGAAGGAGAUCAGAGAAUGCCUGGGACCGAUUGGACUGAAUCUUAAGACACUCCACAAAAUGAAAAAACUGGAUAACUUAGUUUGUGAGGUUCUGAGGAUGUAUCCUCCAGUCGCGUUAUAUUUUGGAGCAGCCAGGAAGGGUUUCUACAUGAAAGCCAACUCUGGAAUUUACAAAAUUGAAAAGGGACAAAAAAUGGUUGGCAGCUGUCAUCUAGCGCAGAGAGAUCGUAAAGUGUUUGGUGUCCCUGGCUGCAAGGACGUGGAUGAAUUUGAUCCUUCCAGAUUUAACGCCAAGGGCCUUAAAGCCAAGCUGAUCUGUACUCACGGUCCAUUAUCAGACCCACCUUCUCCAGAGAACCACAAAUGCACUGGAACGAACGUCGGAUAUGUGACAAUCAAGUGUUUUGUUCUUUACUUGAUCAUGUUCUGCGACUGGAGUUUGGAAGAGAAACCCUAUUGGACUGAUAAAUCACUUGUGCGUUAUGGAAAUCCGGAUGAACCCAUUCGGCUGAAAUACUUCAAGUACACUCGAGAUAAGGAAGAGCUGUUACUACCUGAUCAACCUGAUAGCUCCAGUAGCGAAGACGAGACGAACGAUGUUCCUGAUCCGGCCGAUAAAGAGUGUCCUGUGGAAGAACCAGAUGAACAGGGUGCCUGCCCGGUUUGACAAAUCACUGGCCCUCAUCUUCAAGUUUUCAUAACUGAUUCUGCUGUAGUCAGAGCGUGGAAAGUUGUAGAUCGAUGGAAAAUCCAUGAUUUGAAUCGACUCCUACUCUCUCAGUACUCGUAUUGGAUACAAGCCAUGUGUUCAAGCAAAGAAUAUGUUAUUUGACACCAUCGUACUCCUUGUAUUAUCAAGGGUAUCUACUGAAAGCACGGUCGAUAAGCGUGAAAAACAUCGAAAAAGAUUCGUGAAAGCAUUACCUAAAUUUAGUAUUUUUUUCAAAUUAAGUUAAAAUACUUACGAGGGCACUAAAGGAUAAUUUGGAAUUCUCUCUUUUUCAAAGGAUAGUGUGUGCAUUGUUUUCUUUUUUGUGUUUACAGUUGUUCGCCCAAGAAGAGCAUAUUUUUCACCAUCUCCUUUGUAAACAUGUUUAAUUACGUAUUCGGAGUGCAAUCUGCAGUAGAAUCAUUGGCGGGUUAGUUCAUUGUGAAUGACUGUUCCCAGUUGGAGUUUAAUAGUCUGUGUACGACAUGUAGCCUAGACUUGAGUUUUGUUUCAACACAAUACGAUCAAAUGUACGUGCACGUGUUAUUUUCCUGAUAUUAUUAAUUAUUUUGAUACUUCGUUAAUAAGAAGAUAAUUUCGACUGUUGCCGAUUAACGCAUUUCUGUCCUUCAUGAAUGAUAAGCUUGGUUAUUUUUGCUACCCUGUUGAUUCUGAUUGUUCUUGUCGGCCCUUAACCAAGAACAGAACAGCAGAGAGGACAAACUCUUACUUUUGUAGAGAACGCUUAACAAAAAGUUUUAAAAACAGCAAAAAACAAAAAUGUAUUUUUUUGAAAUUUAUAAUCGUUUUACUAUUUCUAUUGGAAGGUAUUUUUCUCCUUGUUUACUCUUACGUAAGUAUAUUUUAUGUACUCCGUUUAAAGAACCUAAUGCCACAAAAAGUAUUUAGUUCAUGGUUCAAACCUGGACCCAACUUGCAUUUACCUGCCUGUGUAUAUGUCAAUCGUUUGUCGCCUCUCGUUUUAUUUUUUAAUUAUUAUUUUUAAAACGCCUUUGUAUAGGUUAAAUAGCAAUCAUUCUUGUUUGGGUCGGUUUAUUUAAGAGUAAGUAUAUGGUUACUAUAAUUUAUCUUCUGUAACGUUUUAUUCGUUCUUUCGGUAAAGACAAGAGAGGAAAACUUCUGUGAAUAGGAGCUUGAGCUGCCUUUUACCCGUAUUACAAACUAAUAUGAUCUUAAUAUAACUUUGAAGAUUGAACUACGUUUAAUACAUGUAAACGACUUAUUUUCUUGAUGGUUUUGUAUAUUGCACGGUCUAGAAGCUUAUUAAUAAACAACGCAUUUUUACGGAU